CCCCUGCCCGCCUUCCCCUGCUUGUCCAUCUUCCCUUGCGUCCCUCCGCCUGCCUCCCCAUUGCAGGCACUUCUCCACCUACGUAGCCCUGCAUCUUCCUGUCUGCCUGAACAUCUCUUGCUCUGUCUCUCUCCAUCUCUCCCUCUUCUGUCCCAUCCAUUUGCCUCUUGUUUGCCUCUUACUGUCUCUUCCCCUUCCUAUUCUAUCUGUUCAGUACAUCUGAUUGUCUGUCUGUGCCAGCUGACGACCCCGGCUGUUAUUCUGGUCUCCAGAAAUGUGGCGUCAGAGCUUUGGACUUCUAGAAAAAUCCUACAUCAAUGGCGUACCAGGAUCCUUUUUGCUGGGGAAGGAUCUCCGUAUACCCCUGCACCCAGUACCCCUGUGUAGUGCAGUGGUGGAUGUUGCUAUCCAGGACUAUGUGGCUGAUGUGGCCUCUGAACUGAUCUACCAGAACAAGAGUCGUACCUCCUCAGAAGUCAUCUUUGCCUUCCCCCUUGCCCCGCACAUGACCAUCUACUCUUUCCAGGCCUUAAAUGAGGAUGCCAAGGUCCAGGCCAUGCUGCAGGAUGAGACGCAGCAGCUGCACAAGGCUAUGAAGGGCCAGGAGAACUGGGAGUACCUUCAGCAUCAUUCUGAGCAUUCAGGCGAGGUGUUUGCCUGUUUCCUGGGUUCCUUGUCCCCUGGCAAGGAGAUGGUUGUGACCUUACGCUAUGUCCAAGAGCUGCCACGGAAGCUAGAUGGAGCAGCCCAGUUUUUGCUGCCAGCCACACUGCAUCCUCACUGGAACUACUAUACCUGGAAUUGUCUCAAUAACAAGCCUCACUACAGCCUGCUGCUCACCGCCAGCCUGCAGUCACCCCGUGGUGUGGCCAAUGCUGAGGCCAACUGUGCUCUCACUCCUUUGAUCUAUACUGCCCAGGACUACAGCACUGCACAGGUCUCACUGGCUGAGACCCCUCCAAGAGAUGAUUUCGAGCUGCUCGUGUAUUAUGGAGACCCCACUGAAGUCAGUGCUGUGGUGGAGAUGGGAGACCCUCGGGCCCCCGUUGGCUCCCUGCUUGGUGACCCCCUCGUGUUGGUGACUCUGUCACCCAGCAUCCCUGAUGCAACGCCUGGGCAGCGCCAGCCUGGGGAGUUCAUCUUCCUUCUGGACACCACUUUCCUUGAGCGUGCACAGGAAUCCCUGCUCUUCCUUCUCAAAAGCCUACCCCUGGGCUGCUACUUCAACAUCUACUGCUAUGGAGCAACAUCUGUGGGCAUCUAUCCGCAGAGUGUUGAAUAUACCCAAGACAACCUGACCGAGGCAAUGCAACGCAUCCCAUCCACCAGCUCUCUUCUGGGUGAUGCUGACCUGCUUGGAACUCUCCGAAAAAUCUACAAUACCCCCCAGCCCCACGGACAUGCACGCCAGCUCUUCAUCUUCAUGACUGGGCUACCUCGUGACAAGGAAGCCAUUGCUGCUGAGGUCUGCCGUCAUCGCAACAGCCACCGGUGUUUCUCCUUCUGCUUCUCUGAGGACAGUGCUGCCCUGGCCAUGACUCUGGCCAGGGAGACAAGGGGUGAAGCUACCUACGUUGACUCUGACAAAAAACUGGCAGUUGUGGUGCUGAACUGCUUGAAGCGAGCCCUUAACCCAGCAGCUGAGGGAGUCUCUCUGAGCUGGACCCUGCCCCUUGGCCUGGAGGCUGAGGUGCUGGGAGGUAUCCCUCAGUCCAUCUUUCAGGGUGAACUCAUCCAUCUCUAUGCAAAGAUCCAUGGAGAAGCACAGGAUAUGAAAGUGGCCACUGGUGUCUUGACCUUGCAGUUCAGCCUGAAUGGCCAGAAUGUCACUCACACAAUCCAGUUCCCACUAUGCCCACAGGGAGAUGGCCGGCUGGCUGGUCAUCGUCUGGCUGCAAGAUCCUUGCUCAGGAUGUUGUUGGCAGAGGCUGUGAGUGGGUCAGGGGAUGAACCAAGGCAACGUGCAGUCAAGAUCAGCCUGACUUCAGGGAUCAUCUGCCCCUUCACCAGCUAUGUGGGGGUUCGCACAUCUCAGUGGGUUACCUGGUACCAAGGGCCCCUGGCACUGCUGCCACCCCACCAGUCACUGGUUGCCUGCCAGAUCCUUCAGCUACGUGGCUCCGUUCGAAGCUCUUCUUGCUUUCCUAAGAGCAUCUUGAUCCCACCUGGCUGGCUGACUGCAGUACAGGAGUCAUGGCUUGCCUUCCAGCGUCUAACCCAUAACAUUGCUGCCUUGGCUCAGAAUGGGGCUCACUCAAAAGCACCUAAACCACCACCACCAUCUAUUUCUUCUCUCGAGUAUGUGGAUCCCACAUUUGUUUUGUCCUCUCAAAUUUUUGGGCCAUGGGUCAGCAAUGCCAUUGAUGAGUGUCAGGAGCUUGUCGCGCUGCAGAAUGUAGAUGGCUCUUGGACCCUCAGCUCAAGCUUAGCUUCUGCAUUGCAAGUUGAUGAGGCUGAAAUCAAAGGAAAGAUGCCUGGUGAGGUCACAGAGCCAAGCAUCUGGGCCACAGUGCUGGCUGUGACCUGGCUGCAGAAGAAAAGCAAGUAUUAUCAAGGCCUGUGUGAGUUGCUGGAGGCCAAGGCUGUGACCUGGCUAUGCAGUCAAGCUGUGUCCCAGCUGGACAAGUGUCUGGAGGAAGCCAACACCCUCCUCGAGAGCAGCGUGGAGCUGAGUGUUUUUAGGCUCUGAGCUCAACACGUGUCUUGUGCUGCAGACCAUCAGCAUCCGUGGAAUAAAACAGGGCCAC